AUGCCAUCCAACGGAUCAUGGAGCUGCUCCGGAGCUCCCGCUAAUUGCACCUCUGCAAGCUUCUCAGUCGUCCCUCACCGUGUUGCUCUGAGCCUUGAGCAUAUAGAAAUUGGCAAUCAACCAGCUCCACCACAAUUAUGUGCCCAGCCACCGACUAUCGCCAGAGACUUGUCCACGGCUGGCGUCACCAGCCAGGAAACCAACCCGACAUUUCGAGCGUCGAACACACCGCCUCCCAUACCGUUUUCAACGCGCCCUUCAGAGUAUGAACCGAGUCAAAUAGUUCACCAGACACGGGUAACCCAAGAGCAGUCACAGCAAAGCCAUUACUAUUCGUCUUUUGCUGCGGAGGAGGUUCACCAACUUCAUUGUGCGCCUGAGCAUGAAGCUCUGUCACGUACACAAGCAACCCACUCGCCCUUCCAGCCAGAAGGAAGGGUUGAGCACGAGUCCUACUUUGCGCCAAUUCCAAGACUAAUGCCAGGAAAUUACGCAAACCUGUCGCCGAGGCCCGAGCACGAGUCUGACUUCUCACCACUGCCGCGACUCUCUCAUUCCCAAGAGAUGAUUUCGAGAACGGAGCAAGCACCGUGUCUCGAGUCUCCCACCCCACCAGCGCAACAGACCCAACCAUCAUUGGAUUCAAGAGCUGAAAACGAAGCCUCCUUUGCGCCGAUGCCACGCCCGCCUAUUCAGUCCCCAGCCUCGCAUGACCAAGACCUUCAGCAGCAAGCAGAUCAACCUCCAUGCGAUUCCAUGGCCUCAUUGUCUUCACGGAUAACAAACCUCAGUGUCGAGGACAGCACCCGCAACCUUGUAACAGAGGGCAGGACACCCACUACGCAGUACGAUGCACCGAGACCACCGCCUGCCUGUAGGUCCGCUGGACCGGAUUGGGAGACUCUUCCUUGCUGUCCAGAAGAUAGGAUCAUAACAUACUCGCUUGACUGGUAUCGCCUCCCUGAUGUCCCGGAGUACAUCGUUUGCACCAAGUGCUACUCCGAUCACAUCGCAAGCACUCAUUUUGCCCAGCGCUUUGAAAGAUACCGUGAGGAAGAAGGUUCCAUCUCAGCAUGCUCCUUCUGGUCUCCUCGUCUUCGGGAGGUUCUGUGGCCACAAGCUGUUCAAAGCAAUGAUCUCACCGCCAUGAAGGAGGUCUUGCAACAUAACCUGACUGUCCCUCCAUGCAAGGGUCUUGCUUGGACGACUGGAGGGGAUAGUGUUAGAUACUACACGAUGGCCAAUAGUGACAUCGAAGGCUUCAUUACAUGCGAGGCUUGUUACGAGGACUACAUCGCCGGAACGCAGUUCGAGCACCGUUUCUCCCUGCUGCAACAACAGCAAGGCAACGACGAAAAGUGGAGAUGUGAUACUGCUCUACCUUAUAUCAAAGGGGCUAUUGUUAAGAUGUCCAAGAACAACGACUGGUCGGGCUUCGUUGAAAGGGCCAGGGUCCGCCUCGCGGCGCCGACUUGCGAGGGAACAUUGACUCAGUCCAAUCGCUGCAAUUGGUACCGCCCCCGCCGGACAAUCGAAGGGAUGCAUAUUUGCGAGGCAUGCUACCUCGACCAAGUGGCGCUCACCCAAUUUGCCGACAAAUUUGAGCGUCAUAUGCCGAGACAGGGCUUCGAUGGCUUCAUGGACUCUUUGAGCGAGAUGUGGAAAUGCACGUUCCGAGAGGAGAACAGAGGCAUGGCCUCUGCUCUUGAGGCAGCCAUCUAUCAGCGCAACUAUGACGUAUUUUGGAAUGCCGCCAAUACCAUCAUUCACAUGGUGCCUUGCACCAAACAUGGCAUCAUCCGCGGAGACUGGUGGACUGUGGCCGGUGGGUGUGAUGGCGUCAGUGUGUGCAAGUCGUGCUACCAUGGUAUCUUGGAGACGUCGGACCUCGGGCGAUUCUUUGAGCCAGCUGAACGCGACCCCACGAUCGACAUCGUGUGCAGCUUUUGCCCAGAGAGCCCACGCUUUGGUGAGUUUGUCAACAAGCUAGCCGAGUCUCUCGACAAAGGCGUAUUCAGCUACUAUACGGACUAUGUCAAGAUAUGGGCUGGGGUACCCUCCUGUCCCGGGAUUAAGAGCUUAGCCAAGGCCAUCUGGUGGGGAUACCCGGAAGCUCUAUUUUGCCAGGAAUGUUUUCUUCGUUUUGUUUCUGGCACUUCACUUGCAAGUUCACUUCCCAUCAAGGGCGCAUUCGAUGAGCGGACGAUGAUCUGCCAGAUAUGGUCACCCCGAAUGCGCAAGAUGUGGCUAGAAGUCUGCGCCGCGGGACCUCCUGGGUCGGCCGAGUCGGACAAACAGUUGCAAGACUUCAGGGCUUUCGGAACAAGGCGACUGGAGGUCUACUGCGCCACAGUGCCACGGAUAGAGAUGAUUGAGGGGAUGAGGACGAUUCAGAUGCAACAGGCCAUGCACCAAGGUCUUUUGAGUGUGAUGUACAGGGGCAUGAACAGCACGGCGGUCCUGUCAGACACGACGGAUGGCUACUGGCACGGUAACAGUUCGGUUGGAUGGUACGAGACGGAGCAUGGGGUUACGGCUGCGGAUAUGAUGAACAUGCGGACCGGGAUGGCAAAUGCGAAUAGUAUGGGGGGCUGGAUGGAGGUUGCACAGCUGAGGACCAUGUGGACAGAAGUGGAGUGA